AGAGAAAGAAAGGAAGGAAGGAAGGAAGGGGGGAAAGGAAAAAUGCCCCGGAGAAAGCAGGAGCAACCGAAACGCCUGGCAUACAAUGGAAACGGAGAGGAGGAAACAGGAGGGGAACUGGGCGAAGAGGAGGACUGGUUUGGAAAUGCCUCCGAAACACCGUCUGAAGUCUCCUAUUUAGAUGUUCAGGAGGACCUCAAUGCAUCUCCUAGUGACAGGCUGCACGAACAAGACACCUCUCCAGAUAGCUCCCUGGGCAGCUCCACUCCUAUCGGGAGCACUUUGGAAUUAUUGGGUGCUGAAAAUGACCAGCUUAAAGAUGCCUUGGAAAAGGCAGACGUGCUGUCACCUGCGGCCUCACCGGCUUUACAUGAGAUUGGGGCCCAUAUCUUGCACAAGCCCCUGAGCAGCAAUUUGAGGCGACUGCUGGAGGCUGGGUCAAUGGUUGCUGGUGCAAGUCCUGGAGUUACAGAAAAAGAAGACGUUGCAGUUAGUCUCGGUUCAGCGUUGCCUCUGUCGCCAUCUUCCCCUCAUGCACUACAGUUGAAUGCUCUUGCAAGGAAGCUAGCUGCUAAGCACGAGCAAAACCAUAACACUAGUCCAAGCAACUGCUUUGUCUGGGACCAGGAGACUUGGUUGCACAGUUCCUCCUCUUGUAGUUUAUCACCGGCUUCAGCUGCACAGCAGCUCAAAGCUGCUGCAAACGCAGCACUCCUAGACAAAAAUCUUUUGAGGGCAGAGGAACCAGUGCGAUUCAGCCCAUACGCGCCAUCUUACAGCCCUAUUCAGAAGCAAUCGGCCAGUUCAGCAUUGGCUGCUCUUUCAAAGAAAGUCAGUGAAAGAAACAUGUCUUCAGCUCACGAUAAUCAGCGUCCAGCUGGUUCUUUCCUUUCCCUGGCCUCGAUGACCUCGUCGGCCGCCUUGUUGAAAGAAGUGGCGGCCAGAGCCGCUGGGAACAUGCUGGUAGAGAGGAAAGACCAUCUGAUCCCGGGAGAUGUAUUGCGGCCAUUGGAAAUCAAGCAAGAAAAGCUGGUUCCGACGAGUGCGCUGGAGAUGCUGUUGCCAGGACCCAUGCCAAAGUCUCCCAAAUCUGUUAAUCCAGUCCCUGAGGAAGAUGGAGGAAAAUCCUUCCAGUGUCCAAUAUGUGGCCUGGUUAUAAAACGCAAGAGCUACUGGAAGAGGCACAUGGUGAUUCACACUGGGUUAAAGAGUCACCAGUGCCCCCUCUGUCCCUUCCGCUGUGCCCGCAAGGAUAAUCUGAAAUCACACAUGAAGCAGGUUCACCAGCACCAGGACAGAGGGGAAACCUUCCACUGCGAACUUUGCCCCUUCACCUCGUCUCGCCAUUUCAGUUUAAAGCUCCACAUGCGCUGUCAUCAGCACUUUCCAAGAACAGAGGUGAAGGUCAAAGAGGAGAUUACGGAGACUGAGGUUGAAAGGUCACUUUUUAACGAGGCGGCCGAAAAGAGAAAACAGGGGAUAGAAUUACUUGGAAACCCAUUAAAAAUUCAGGACGUUCUUUUGUCUGAAAUGGUAGAAAAUUACAAGGAGACUGUUAUUCUUCCACCGAAACCAGUUAAAGAGGAACCCAGAGAUCUGAAUGUGGCCCGUGUGUCAGUACCAGCUGGUCAUGUGUUUGGCAAAGGGCCAGAAGCAAUACAGGAGGAUGGACGAGAGUCUCGGGAGCCGUGUGAGCUCACAGCCACUCACAAAGUGCACCCCUUUAGCCAAGAUAUUUCUGCAAAAACAGCGACAGAUUUUCUUCUGAAAUUAUCAGCUGCAAACCAAAGGGGGGAAUUAACUCCAAAGCUUGCAUCUAAAGAUGAGCCUAAAGACAGGGAGCUCCUUGAUCCUAUACUGUCACCACGCUGUGGCUACCAGUUUGGCAGUGAACCUCCCACAAUGGAGGAGCCACCUGAGAGGUUAAAGAAGACAUCAGAAGGUGCAUCUGCGUCAGAACUGUUCAGCCAGGACAUUUCUUGUAAGGUGGCAUCAGAACUGCUGUUUAAGCUAUCAGCUGAAAAUAAAAAGGUAAAGGGAGUGCAGAUGGGUACGAUAAAACAGGAGCCCAUGGACAUGGAGAUGCCCGAACACACAGCAUCGCCACUUUCUAGUUGUUUGUUCAGCUGCAAGGCUGUGAAAAUGCCCAAGAAAAGUGAAAGGUCAACAAAUUCCCCUGAAGUUAUACCUCGUACGGAAAUCCAGCUCUUCACUCAAGACAUAUCUGUGAAGAUGGCAUCGGAGCUUCUUUAUCAACUCUCAGAAAAAGUAAGCAAAGCACAAGAGCAAGGAAAAGAAAGUUCCGACUUCAGCAUCAAUAGUUCUCUUUGUGAAGAAACGUUUAGAUCAUCAGUGUUUACUUCAAGCCCGAGAGAUUUUUUACCCGACCUCCAUGGGAGACUAGCAUUGCAAGAAAUGGGGAAACUACCCGUCGAGUUGGGGAAUAUAACCCCACCAUGGAAGUUUUGUGAGCAGCUUUUUCCCUGUAAGGUUUGUGGGAAGGUUUUUGGCCGACAACAGACACUGUCCCGACACCUCUCUUUGCACACAGAUGAAAGGAAGUACAAGUGUCACUUGUGUCCCUAUGCUGCCAAGUGUCGAGCCAAUCUAAACCAGCAUUUGACAAUCCAUUCAGUGAAGUUAGUGAGUGCAGACUCUGAAAACGUAGUUAAUGCUGUCACGUCAAACAGCUGUGAUCGUAAGAACGGCCCCUAUUACUACAGCUGCCAUGUUUGUGGAUUUGAGACUGAGCUGAACCUGCAGUUUGUCAGCCACAUGUCUGUGCAUGUAGAUAAGGAGCAGUGGAUGUUUUCGCUGUGCUGCAAUACCUGUAACUUUGCCUGCAUGGAGGAAAUGGAGAUGAAGGCUCAUGUGGAUGCAGCACAUGGAGAUCACAAGGUCCGAACGCCUUCCACUCUCAGCCCCACCAGUGAAUCCAAGGCAAAUCCAUCAUUCUCUUCAUCUUCCUCCUCAUCUUCAUCCUCGACACUUUGCGAUUUUGUCACUGAUUGUGAAAUCCCCAGCUCUAUUGUGAGCAAUGAGGAUCUCGGUCCUUUAUUCAACCCUCCUUCAGCAUCCAGCGGGUCAUCUACAUCCGGCUCAGAGGAAAAAGCUGAGAAAGGUUUUGAGUGCGUCUUCUGUAACUUUGUAUGUAAAACAAAGAUGAUGUACGAGCGUCACCUGCAGAUCCACCUGAUCACCAGGAUGUAUGAGUGUGAUGUCUGUCACAAGUUCCUGAAGACCCCGGAGCAACUGCUGGAACACAAAAAAUGUCACAACGUCUCCACUGGAGGACUCAAGUGCCCAUUCUGCAUUUACGCCACAAACCGUCCUUCAGCCAUGGAGUGCCAUUUAAGGACGCAUUACAAGAUGGAAUUCAAGUGCCGGAUCUGCCAGGUGGUGAAAGCCAACCAGCUGGACCUCGAGGUGCACAUCCGCGAGCAUCGCCUUGGCAACCACUACAAGUGUGACCAGUGCGGCUACCUGUCCAAGACGGCCAACAAGCUGAUCGAGCAUGUGCGGGUGCACACCGGCGAGCGCCCUUUUCAUUGUGACCAGUGCAGCUACAGCUGCAAACGCAAAGACAAUCUCAACCUCCACAAAAAGCUGAAACACUCACCGCGGCAGACGCUGUGCUGCGACGAGUGCCUCUUCACCACCACCCAUCCCUUCGUCUUCAGCCGCCACGUGAAGAAGCACCAGAGCUUGGACUACCUGGAGGAGAGGAAGGCUCAGCCGCUGGCCAGGAAAGGAGGCGACGCUCUGGCCAACAGCAACUGGAGCCUCCUAUCUCCGCUGUCGGUGAUGUCGGCGUCCCAGGCUUUGCAGAGCGUGGCUCUGUCGGUCACCGGCAAUAAUGGGAUUACUCCGGGAUCAGCACUUGGCUUGUUUGGCCUGAACGGUAUUUCUGCGCACCUCAAUAAAUACAGGAACUGUGAUCUGACACACCUUAUCCCACUGACUACAUUGUUCCCACACAGCAGGUGUGAAGCUACAUUCCAUUCCCCUCGUCCACAGACAGCUCCCCCGGAUACUGGAACCCCAAAACACUCCUUCUUGGCUUACCUUGGCCUGACUGAACGGGCAGACACAGUCUAGGUUUCAGCCACCGGGCGAAGAGUCGGGUUUUCGUUUGCUGCAAUACAGAUUUUUUUUCCCCCUCAAAACUUGUUUUAAUAUUGUAAAAGAGUAGGAUGUGUAGAAGUGGCUGUAAAUGCUUCUUGUAUUCAUAGAAGUGCUGCUUUAAUUAUACAUAAAAGUACUUAACUGUCCAUAUUGUAUGGAACCCCCCCAAGUAUUGGAAGGAGGUAGUUGGACCCUGGGCUGCAAUGAUGCCCAGGCUAAAUAAAAAAACAGAGAAAAGGAGUAUGUGAUGAGGCAGAAUUUUGCACAAUGCUUAGUCUUGCACAUUUUUGUGUUACUUAAAGUACGUUUUCAUUUUCUACCUAGUGUUACUAAAAUCAAAGCAGCAGUAUAUUGACUAAAUUUGAUCAGCGCAAUAGUGAUCUGUCAUGUUUAUUUGACAAACUACCAUUAGCACUUUGAAAGAUGCAUGACAUUGGUGACUCAUGUUUUCCGCAUUCAUCAUCUCCAAACUCUGGACUGGCACAUUGACGUUUUUUGCAUUUAAUGCAGUUUUUUUUUAAAAAAAAGGUCUCUGCACUAUAUUUGGAGUUCAUCUUCAGACACACAAUUCAGUUCCAGUGUUUGUUUUUUAGGUUGUUUUAUUUGGUUGAAAAUGCAGCAUUGUUUUUCAGUAUUUUUGGCUUCAAGUGUAGGUGCUGUGUAUAUAUAAGGCUUUGCUGCAUUUAAAAAAAAGCUGUAAAAGGGCUGUUUGUGACAGUGAUUGGCACUUAGAUUUUUCGCUGUAUUUCAUGUUCAGUUGCAUUACCCAAUGCCUAGUGUAACUUGCAGUGUACUCAAAAUAAAUCUGCAUUAUUUUG